GUGACAAGCUCAGGAGGGUUUUGAUUUGUCUUGAAGAAAUGAUAAUUUGGCAAAGUACGGAAGAGGAACACAAAGAACAGAGUUGAAUUGUCACAGUCAGAUGCGCAUUGAUUGACCGGUCUCCCUUAUUGGCACCGCGCUUGCUUGUCUAUUAACAGACGCAGUGCAAGGAAAUACAGGGCGCCAUGCUGUCCCGCCGAUAAGCUUCUGGUGGGGUAGGACAGCUCGCGAUAACGGGUCUGGGGUCCAUCCAUUUACAUGGAAGUCUCAGGUUGGCGGGUGUUAUACGACACCAAAAAGGCAACAUGGCAUCGCGAACAUCUCGCAGCCCAGUCGUCGUUAACCAGCCCAACCCGCGAAAAUCCAACAAAAAUUUGUGCCCGCAGCGCACAUUUCGAACGAGCCAAAUACAAUACCACCGCCUCGAGAGAAAGAAGUAUUUCUAGACUCACACCUUUUCCCAGCGCAUGGAUUUCCUUAAGUCUGCAGUGGCUUCGGCCAUUGCAAAGGGGCCACCUUUCCCCUACUCUUUUGGCGAUCGUGUAGAUGUGGACCAGUCUAUAUGGACUCUUUACAAUGGCACAAGACGUGAGGAUGGCUCCAACUGCAGCAUCUUCUCCUUCGAAAUCAACCCCAAUACCAAAUCCCGAUUGCCACUCGCCAAGAAUGCCCUCAAAAAACUUCGAACACUGCGACACCCUGGCGUUAUAAAGAUGCUGGAUGCCGUCGAGACCGACACAUACAUCUACAUUGCGACGGAACGUCUUGUACCUUUGAGAUGGCAUAUCAAGAGGAAAAGCUUGAGUCCGGAGACACUAAAAUGGGGGCUACACAGCGUAGCGCGCACUAUAAAAUUCAUCAACGAUGACGCAUCAUCAAUACACGGAAGUCUCAAAGUAUCAUCGAUAUAUACUUCGGAAAGUGGAGAGUGGAAAUUGGGAGGAUUCGAGGUCUUGAGCAGUGUCAAAGAUGACGAAGCUCUAAUCUACACUUAUGGUAGCCUUGUGCCCGACUCGGCCAGAUAUGCGCCUCCAGAACUGGCGAAGUCAGGAUGGGAUGCGGCCAAAAAGGCUCCACACCACGCGGUUGAUUCAUUCAAUUUUGGUACUCUGAUAUUUGAGGCUUUCAAUGGCGACUUUACGGGCUCUGAGCAGGCCGGACAGACCAAGAAUAUCCCGCCGACAAUGCAAGCCAGCUAUAAGCGGCUUGUUAAUGCGAACCCUAAAGCCAGGUUGAGCGUUGGACAUCUCUUGGAGCAGGGUCAGCGCCGAGGGGCCUUCUUCGAUACACCACUCAUCAAACUGACCGAAGGCGUGGAUAACUUGGGAAUGAUGUCUGAAACUGAAAGAGAUGAGUUUCUCGGAGAUCUCGAUCAACUUACGGACGACUUCCCAGAGGAAUUUUUUAAGAUGAAAGUCCUCCCGGAACUUCUGAAAUCGGUAGAGUUCGGCGGCGGCGGUCCCAAAGCGUUCUCUGUCGUGAUGGAAAUCGCGCGGAAGCUUUCAAGCGAUGACUUUGACUCCAAAAUUACCCCUGUUGUCAUUAGGUUGUUCAGCAAUCCUGAUAGGGGCAUCCGAGUCUGCUUGUUGGAUAACCUGCCACACAUGAUUGAUCGGUUAUCACAGAAGGUGGUCAAUGACAAGAUUUUCCCACAGCUGGUCACUGGCUUCACUGAUCUGGCGCCUGUGGUACGAGAGCAAACGCUCAAGUCAGUGCUUGUCAUCAUCAACAAGCUGUCCGAUAGGACAAUUAAUGGCGAGCUGCUGCGCUAUCUGGCGAAAACGGCCAACGAUGAGCAGCCUGGGAUACGAACGAACACGACCAUUUGCCUUGGCAAGAUUGCCAAGAACCUAGGGACAUCGAGUCGUUCAAAGGUGCUGAUAGCAGCCUUUGGAAGAUCGCUGAGAGACCCAUUCGUACACGCGCGCAACGCUUCACUGCUCGCCCUUGGUGUCACCAGCGACUGCUUCAGCGAUGAGGAUGCUGCGUCCAAGAUUGUGCCUGCGGUCGUUCCUCUCCUGCUGGACAAGGAGAAGUUGAUACGUGACCAGGCAGACAAGACCAUUGAAGUGUAUCUCCAAAAGAUCCGCAAGGCGGCGUCUGCCAUGCCUGAAACGGCACUGCCGCCGGAACGAGGCCCCGAUGGUGUGGCGAGGAUGAGUACCCCACAGCCGAACGAAGCAUCGGCAUCCUCCGGUGGUGGCUGGGCUGGCUGGGCCAUCUCGUCAUUCACAAACAAGCUGUCAGCAGCUGCUGGUGAGAUGCAGACGGCAAGCAAUGACUCUCGGUCGUCAACCCCCGCCCCUUCCUCUCCUGCCAUGACGCCACGACCCGGUAUGGUACCAACAACUAGCAAGUCGGCAUCGACAUUGCAUAGACAGGCAGUCCGUUCCCCACAACCAUCUUCAGCGGGAUUUUCGGCCCCUCCAAAGAAGGAGACUGCGGCCACUUCGGCCAGCGGUUCCUUCUUCCCUGACGCCGAUGAUGCGGCCGAUGACGACUUUGGCGGCGACGCAUGGGGCGACAUGGGCGACAUGGACGAAAACGACGACGGGGCCCAGGCCGAAGACGCGAGCGGCUUCUUCAAAGAGCCGACUUCACGCUCGGUAUCCACCUCCUCCACGGCCAAGAAAGUCACUACCACUCCCUUCCCCCACGCCGACGACGCCGAGCCGGACUUUGCGGGCUGGCUCGCGGCACAGUCGUCCAAGAAGGCUGGCGGUAAGCCUUUGCCUAAGGGUAUGGGCAAGAGUACGGGCGGGGCAGGAGGUGCUGCAACAAAACCGAGCACGCUGGCGACUAAGAAGAAGCCUGUCGUGGCUAAGAAGAUUGACAUGAAGCCCAAGGACGAAGGUAACGACGACGACGGGUGGGGUGAUGGCUGGUAAGGCUACUGCCAUUACUACCCCUUUUUUUCUGCUCCCUUUUGAGGCGAGCACCAAUAUUACAUAAGCUAUUUGCAGCGUUGGGUAAGGAAGCGAGCGCUGGUUCGUGUCUUUUUAGAUGUUAUCUUGGGCAGGAUACCAUACUAUACAGCUGUCGAUUAGAGAGCAUACUGUCGAGGUCAUUAGUCUGAAAAAUAGUUAUUAAAGUAACCCAAACAAUAAUCCUCCCGCUGUUUAUCCAUCUUGGAUCGGAACAUAGCAACGUG